UGAGCGUAACCCCGUUUUUCUUUGCGGCAGACUCAUUAGACAGACCCGCACGCCUGCCGGCACGUAACGAAGCUGUGAGCUCGACCCCACUCCUAGCGCGUAACAGGUUUCCCCCCGUCCGCUCUAGACCAUGAGCGACAUCCCCAUUCAGCUGGGCCACUAUCGCCUGGGCAAGACUCUCGGGAUCGGCUCCUUCGGCAAAGUAAAGCGUGCGUUUUGUCAUCUCUUUUGCCAUUUUUUGCCGUUUGUGUAGGUAACUUUGUCACUUCGACGCUGGCAAGAAAAUCUGACACAUUUCACCACUGACACGUAGUGGCCGAGCAUGACAUCACAGGCCACAAAGUGGCCAUCAAGAUUCUUAACCGCAACAAGAUCCGCAGUCUCGACAUGAGCGAAAAGGUGCGACGCGAGAUCACACUACUGCGCAAGAUGCGCCAUCCACACAUUAUCCGCCUAUACGAGGUGAUCGACACGCCUACGGACAUUUUCAUGGUGCUCGAGUACAUUGCAGGCGGCGAACUCUUCGACUAUAUCGUGUCUAAAGGCCGGGUACGUUGGUUAAAUAUUUUUUUCAUUAUUUUUUCAGGUUUUUAUUUAUUAUUUUUGUAGUUGGCACCGGAAGAAGCGCGACAUUUUUUCCACCAGAUCAUCUCGGGAGUGGAGUAUUGCCAUUUCCACCGUAUUGUACACCGAGACUUGAAGCCCGAGAACUUGCUGCUGGAUGCCGACAAUAAUAUCAAGAUCGCAGACUUUGGACUGUCCAACAGCAUGGAGGACGGAGAUUUUCUGCGCACGUCGUGUGGCUCACCCAACUACGCAGCGCCCGAGGUGAUCUCUGGCAGUCUGUACGCUGGUCCUGAGGUGGAUGUGUGGUCCUGUGGCGUCAUUCUGUACGCGCUGCUGUGUGGCAGCUUACCGUUCGAUGACGAGAGCAUCCCCAACCUGUUCAAGAAGAUCCGUGGCGGGAUGUACUCGCUGCCCAGCCACUUGUCCGAGAUGGCGCGCGACCUCAUCCCGCGCAUGCUCGUGGUGGACCCCAUGAAGCGUAUCACGAUCCCGGAGAUCCGACAGCAUCCCUGGUUCCAGAUCGACCUCCCGCCGUACCUGCAACAUCCUCCUGAAAUUGUGGAGAACCAGACUUUCAAGAUUGACGACGAGUGUCUGUCGCAGUGCUUGGCACUGAACUACGCCGCAAAUAUCGGACAUGACCAGCUGGUAGCGCUGCUCACGAGGCGAGAGAACCAUCCGCUUCGAGUGGCCUACGAGCUGAUUUUAGACCACAAGAACGCCAAGAUCCGAAUCGAUGAGCUGCGUGAUGUGCGGACGGUGAAUAACAAACCCAAGACGUUCUCAACACCCGAGCCUAGCACGCUGCUACUGCCUGGACGGGGACCUCUUCCCAUGGCAGCCUCGCCAUUGAUCACGCCGUCGUCAGCGCUACCAGAUCCCCGGAAUUUCGGUGGUCGCGGGAUAAAUAUUCCAGGACAAGCGCCAAGAAUGUCAACAGGAGGCAGCGGAAUGCCUGGCUUUGAAGACGGUCACGGAGGCGCAGCUCCUACGCCCAAGCGACGACGAUGGUACCUGGGUAUUCAGUCCAAGAAGGAGCCGGCUCACGUCAUGUCGGAGGUGUACAAGGCGCUCUUUGUGCUCCACUUUGAGUGGAAAGUGGUGGCGCCAUACCGCGUAAAGUGUCGAUGGCAAUCGCCCACAGGAGACCCCAACGGAGGCGCCGUCAUGAACCCAGAGGAGGCCAAACUGCAACAACAGAUGCAACGUAUCAAGAUCGGCCUGCAGUUGUACAAGGUACAGCAACACAUCUACCUCCUGGACUUCCAGCGUCUGGACGGCAAUGCGUUCACGUACAUGAAUCUCUGCGCUCGCAUCAUUACGGAGCUCAAAACGCUCUCGGGUAUCCGGCCGCUGGCCAACCACGACCCGCGCUUCGGUGAUGGGAACAUGAACUCGGUGCACUUGCACCAGCACAACGCACACGUCCAGGGCGCCCAGUGAACGUGUGACCUUGAGAUACGUACGAACCAACGAGCUAGUGCUACACUGUCACCUUUUGGCUGCAUGUUUUGUAGGUUGACACGAAGAACGCGGACCAGAUUAAAAAAUUCCAGGACUGAAUCACGUUAUCUCUUGUUACUCGUUACAUUCUGACAGCACUCGAGGCUCGAUGUUGACUGCAAGCAGGUCGCGACGUGCACAUUUGGCUUGACGGAAUAGACACUCGUUCCCGUAUAGCUGGCCGUUGGAAGCGCAAACUGGACUGUACGUUUGCGUGCAAGUAGCUGGACAUAGCGGCAUCACAUUGGUGUCUUCGCAUGAUCCGGAACGGAUCAGCAUUGUGUUCUGGUUGCAGCGUUGCUGUCGUCUGAAGUAGCACAAGUUCUGCAUUGUGCCUGCACUCGUACAGACCGGAUCUAGUACAUCCGCACACGUGCUUGUGUCCAAGCAAUCGCUCGUACUGGGACGUGGUACUGGUGGGUUAUACUGUGCGUUGAGAGCUUUUUCACUUUCACAAAGACCACGAGACACUACGUGGAGAUCCGAGUUGCCAGUAGAACAUCGAGCUUCCUUGAGAAAGCACGAGUUUGCAUAGGAUACGUUGUCGGAGCCGCAGACUGGGGAGCUUAUGAGUUGGCAGUUGAGUUUACAUGCUGUCGAGGUGGUCAUGUUAAUGACGGAUUGUUUAGGUUCGCAGACAGCUUGGGGUAUGCAUGGAUCGCUUGUACAGGGCACCACACCUCGUAAGAUGCACGUCUCAUUGUCGUUGCAUCGGCCUGGAGCGCACAGUGGCGCGCAAUACUCGGCGUUGUUGUACACAAAACAUUGCUCAUACUCGCCACACACACGGGAACAGCUUGUUGGUAGAGUAGCUGCGUUAGAUAGACACAAACGCAGUAAAAUACAUUCAAGUAGUAGUAGAUUACUCUUCAUGACACCAGGAUCUUUACUAGCAAACCGAUGG